GCACCUCAAAGCUGCUGCAAGUGCUACCGUAAGUAUUUCCUUACCAACUUAAUCUCCUUCACAGUACAUACUUCUUCCUUUAACUAUUGUAACCCAAAAUUUCAUCAGACGCGCCGAAAACCUUCUAUACCGAAAUUUACUCAACAACAUCCAACCCCUCCGUAUCCGUCAAGAAACCCAUCCACUCUACUAAUACGAUAACCCUAACAUCAAGCGCCGAUCUAUGAUAGCUAGUAGAAGCUAUGGCGGAUCAAUCCAUUAUCCGCAUCACCAAGGAAAUCGGUGAACUCCAGAAGAGUUCCGACCUUUCCCUUGCUGUUGCUUUUCGCGAUCGGGACGUUCGUAAUGUCAAGGCCUUGAUCAUUGGUCCGCACGAGACACCCUAUGAGUUUGGAUUCUUCGAGUUCGUGGUGAAAUUUAACAGAGAAUAUCCACGCAAGUCACCCGCCGUCACUGGAACAACCACCAACAGUGGACGCUGUCGGUUCAAUCCCAAUAUCUAUGCCUCCGGCAAAGUCUGUCUGUCAAUCCUCGGAACAUGGCGUGGAGAACGAGGAGAGGAGUGGUCUCCAGCUCAGGGUCUAGAAUCUAUCCUAGUCUCGAUACAGAGCUUAAUGUCGACAAACCCUUACGAGAACGAACCUGGUUUUGAGGAUGCAAAUGAGUCGCAUGAUAAGGAGAAUCAAAAGGAGUACAUCGCCAAGAUCCGUCACGAGACGUUACGUAUUUCUAUCAUACAGAGACUAGAGGAUUAUCUAGGAAUCACCGGCACUAGCAUUGCGCCGCCCAUGCCACCGGGAGGCGAAGACUACGAUCUUGAUUUGGACGAUGAUAUGGAGAUCGACGAUGGAAGUAUUCCCUGGGAGCCAUUCAGGGAUCUUUGCAAGCAACGCUUCCUCUGGUAUUACGAUUCGUACUUAGAGACUAUUAAGAAGGCGAAGGAGGAGGUCAAAGACGGCCAACCUUUCGUGCGCAUGCCCUUUGAAGGUGCUUCCAAUACGAUGGAUGGAAAGUUUAACUAUACCGAACUCGAGCAAAGACUGCGCCGCAUCAAGGCGGUUCUAGAUGGCGAGCCUGAGAAAUGGGCGGUAGAGGGAACAUCCUCGAAGAUGAGAGAUACCACGGUUGCAGUCAACCUUGCACGACAGUUUGACCAGAUUAAAGAGUCCUAUAAACGUUGCGACGCCCCUCAUAGUGUUGAGUUGGUGGAUGGCAACCCGUUUGUAUGGAACUUCACCUACUUUGGACGACCUAUGACGAAUCUGGAUGGAGGCAUGUUCCGCAUCCGAAUACACUUCAGUCCCCGGUUCCCUGAGGAACAACCUCGGGUCAAAUUCCUGACACCGAUGUUUCAUCAUCGGAUUGCGGUGGAUGGUACACCUUGUUACUUUCCUAACCCUACUCGCCGGGAAGAUGUUAAGCAACAUCUCGAAGCAAUCAUCGGAGCUCUAGAAGAAGAACAGCCCCCUUAUGAUCCUCGAACUCUUGUCAACUUGGAGGCGCAUAAGUUGUAUUGGGGCGGCGCAGACGGAAGAAAGCUGUACAACAGACAGCUGCGCAGAUCAGUACAAAGAAGUCUAGAGGAGAUGUAAUAUCCACGGAUAGCCAAUGGUUUCCAAGGACGAAUCGCUGGACCGGAUAAUUUGCAGAUGAGCUCCUCUAGCUAUUUCAGGUGGAUUACUAACCUCAGUUGAGCAUGGUCUGGUGUAUUUGGGGAAUUUUCGGCUACUGUGUCUCCUAUUCGACCUUAUGAAUAGGAACAUGGAUGAUGAGCUGUCAACAAUGACGUUUCUUAGGGCAUAAGGUUCGGUGCACCAUCGAGAUCGAUGGGAUUUAGACUAGGCGUGAUACCUCAUUUGCUUUCAGGGGUCAGAGCAUGGUCUGUUAUAGGUGCAAAUACGAUACUUCACACAAAACGUGAUGAGGAUUCUCAAUUAAGUGUGUAAAAGGGCCUACCUAGUAUUGAUAAAUUGAAGUCUAUAAAAUAGCAC